AUGACGUCCUCCACCGAUCCCAACUCGGCAAAACCCAAACAAACGCCACUGCAAGCCCAAACUCAGCCCCUCAUGGCCGCAGAAAAGCAGUCGCAGUUGUCCGACUCCGACCAAGACCAAGAAGCAAAGACGCUCUCCGUCUCAGUGCAAGAAAAGUCCUCAUCCUCCUCCCUCGACUGCGAUCCCAUCGUCACCGAAGAUCUCGACGUCCAACAACCCGCCCCCGAGGAAUACGACCCGUCCGUCGGCGCAAAACCAUACUCGCCCUUCUACCGCCACGCCACGCCCUCCUGCAAGCUCGCCAGACUCGCCUCGCAGCGACGCCGAUCCCACAGCGUCCGCGGCGUGGGCAGUCCGAUCGACGAUAUCGAGGGCCAGCGACCGCCUUGGCAUCGACUGUACGAUGUUGAAGAAGGACGCGAGGAGACCGGCAGCUCCAAGACGAAGCUGAAGCUGUGGGCCAAGAAGAAGAAAUACUGUGAUUGUCUGGGCGGGUUGAGCGCGAGGCAGCGCAUGGCGGUGAAGAUCGCGGUUGCGGUGGUGCUGGUGGGGGGCAUGGUGGCUGUGGCGCUGGGGAUUACGGCGGCGGUGGGAGGGGGAGUGUGGAGGGGUGAGAACCGGACGGAGAAGCUGGGAUGA